AUGGCCAUGUCUUCCACGUCUUCGUCGCCCGUCCGCCCCGUGAUGCGCAACUGGGAGGAGCUCCUUGAGCAGAGGAUCGAUCUCCUCCACUACGCCGUCGACCAGGGCGAGCACCUCAUCCCGGCCAUGUUCGCUAAGGACCAGUUGAGCGCCAUCGACUGGCCCGCCACCUUCCACGAGCAGCUGAGGGAGUCGGAGCCCAAGGCGUCUGGACAGACGUCCGAGAUCAUGAAGGACCUCGAGAAGCGUGUUCUCGAGACCAACAGGGAGAUGAAGGAAGACACUGACAGGAUCAGGGAGAACCUUGAGCGUGUCUCCCAGAACCCGAACCAGGACUCUCCCGAGGAGUUCGAGCGCGUCCUCGACGAGGGUGUUGACCAGCUCCACCGCCAGGCCUCCAAGCAGCUCGAUGAGCUCAAGCACUACGGCAAGAAGCGCGUCCAGGACCUGCCCAACAAGGUCCGCGGCUCCGCCAUCCAGAUCUUCGGCGCUGCCUUCACCGCCGUCUUCAGCUACGAGAACAACGCCGUGACCUUCCUCAACGUCGCUCGUGAUGACGUCGAGUCCUGGUACCAGCAGCCCCAGCAGAAGAUCCAGGAGUUUGACAACCUCACCAACCGCUGGUACGAGGGCUCUCGCGACACCAUCAAGGGCUGGUUCAACACCCACAUCCAGGGCGGCGGUCCUCUGGCCCACGCCUCGCGCAACCGCCACCGCCACCACGGCCGCCGCCACCACCGCAACGAGGCCGACAACCUGUCUGCCAUCAAGGACAUCGCCACCAAGCUCCAGUGCAUGGGCCUUGACUCCUUCACCAUUGUGAGGAAGGGCAACGGCUGGGCUCUCGAGAUUGACUCUCCCAACUAA